AUGUCCGAAAAAACACUACACGAGCAGGCAGCCGACGACCCCCGAGCGGAAACUCGAACCUUAUCAGAAUGUACGGAUUCCGAUUCUCAAGAGAGUAUUGAUUUUGCGAGCAAGAAUACCGAUACUCUGGAGGAUUACCCCGAAGGUGGACUCAGAGCAUGGCUUGUGGUAGUUGGCGUCUUUGCGACGUUGACAUGCACCUUUGGCAUGCAGUUCACUGUCGGCGUUCUGCAAUCUCAUUGGGAAACAAAUCAACUACGGGACUACUCUUCCAGCACCAUUGGAUGGAUCUCCUCCGUCUAUCUUUAUCUCAACAUGGUUCUGGCGGUACAGGUCGGCCCGAUGUUUGACAGAUACGGUCCCCGGUGGCUCAUGAUUAUCGGCUCGGUGCUCUUCGUCUUGUCAAUAUUCCUGCUGGGAUCAUGUGAAAAAUACUAUCAGUUCAUGCUUUGUCUAGGAGGACUCAGUGGCGUCAGUGCUGCAUUUGUCUCGAACCCAUGUAUGGUCGUGCUAUCGCAUUGGUUCCAUCGUCGUCGGGGCAUGGCAUCUGGCAUUGCCAUGGUUGGGGGUAGUCUGGGUGGAGUCAUCUUCCCCAUGAUACUGAGAGCGACGCUUGAGCCUCUGGGAUGGGUUUGGUCUCUUAGGAUUCUUGCCUUCAUUUUUACGGUACUUCUCACGAUUGGCAACAUCUGCGUGAAGAGCAGACUGCCGGUCAAAUCGCAAAAAGGGCUUUUUAACCUGCGGUGCUUCCGUGAUUCACGAUUUGUCUGGUUUACGGCAGCCAUGCUCUGUAUGUUUUAUCCCCUGUCAGAUAUUUCAAAGAUGAAGGUAUUGAUUGUUCUUCUAGUUGUCCAGUUUACCAUCACUGCAUCAAUGGGUCUUGUCCCUACCUACGCCCUUGAGCAAGGGUUUAGCUCUGAGACUGGAUUCUACCUUCUCGCCGUAUAUAACGGUGGAGCGGCUAUUGGACGAGGCCUUUCAGGAAUAAUUUCCGAUCGCUAUGGACGCUUCAACACGAUGUCAGCGGCAAUGACAUUUGCAAUGGUUUUUAUUUUCGUUCUGUGGUAUCCAUUUGGUCACUAUCUUGGUGCACUAUAUUGUUUUGUGGUUGUAAUGGGAUUUGGCACCGGCACUAUUCUCUGUUUGCUUCCUGUCUGUCUCAGCCAGAUGUGCAAGACCGAAGAAGUUGGACUUUGGUUAGGAAGUUGCUAUCUUGUCAUCAGUCAUGGGUGA